UUUUGAGUGCAGGAUUCGUAUCGGGAAAUAAACCCUUCUUCGUCACUUGAUUCAUUGUUGCGUGUCACGAGCCCAUUUGACGAUAUUUUCAAUGUUUCGAAGAAGCUAGGAAAGAAAAAAGUGACCGGAAAAGAAACGACGAAAAAUGUCCCAAACCCGGACUCUGUAGCUCCAGCAUCACUUCUCCUUUUCGGUCUGCGAAGCCAGACUCAGCUGCACAUUCCACUAAGCCACCAAACUCAGCUGCACUUUCCCCAGCUCCCAGGGAGCGUUGCGGUGCGGAUUGUUUGAGCCCUGACAACGCCCGGAUCGAGAACCGAUAGUACUCGGCGCUAAGUUUCUUUCCAACCCGCGCCCUCCUCUCGGUGUGGGACGAGUAGAGCGAAAGUCCAAGAAGUUUCCUCCGUUCUCGCGCACGCCUCCCAGGUGCACCAAAACCCAGGCGUCUGCUCGUCGCGAAGUGUAAUUGAUUCCGGCGGGCAAGCAAGUAGAAGAAGAAGCUUUCAGUUUCAGAAGUUUCGUCUCCAAAAUACUAGAGUUGGCCCAGUACAGUUCUGUUUGCAACUUUUACCGCUGCGGGGCGACGAGGGGAACGAAACUACUCAAGACAGCUACUCUUCGAACCGCGCAGAAAAGCAGAAAUAACGACGUGGUCAAGAACGACCUGUACGGUGUGGUAGCGAGGGACGAACAGCAGUAAAAAAGGAUCAGUACAUAAAGCCGGUUCUUUUUAUCCGGAAGAACCGUGACAAGCACAGCCGCCAGCAGUCGGGAAAGAUAGCUUCUCGCUCUACAACAUCAAGGCCUUCUUCCGCGACAAGGUUAACCGUGCACAACGACGACGCUGUGACGUUUGACGUCUGCAGGAGCUGCCUCUUGAGUACCAAGAAAGUCCUGGUCAACGCCAACGCGCUACAUUCCUCCUUCUACCGGCACAGUUUUUGCGCCGCAGCUUCCACGGGCUGCACUUAAGGGAAAAGGUAGCUGUAAGUACUCCUGUUCCGUCGGUCAAGGUUGUGUAUCCGCAAGUAGUAGAACAUCAACCAUGUACCGCCAGAAGCCGGUCGGGUCUCGCCUGUGCGAGAAACGGAAUGAGGAGAGGAGGCAGUUUCUGCACAAGGAGAAGCUGAGGACAAUGCAGCCCCACAUCGACACCAGCGAGCCCUUUUGCCUCCGGCUAGACCACAUAAGAAACAACCUGAAACGGGAGCAGCUGCUGGAGGAGAGAUACGGGGAGAUCGACCGAGAAAACAGGAUACUCCUCCAAAAAAUGUCGGACAUCAUGCGAAACAGCACGUUCGCAGCGCAGAAGCCCGGGGUGGGGGCGACAAGGCAACACGUCAGCAUGAACAGGGUAUGACAUUUUUUUUUCCUGUCAUAAAAUUAGCGAGGUCUGAGCAGGAUGAUUGAACUUCGUUGAGGAUAGUUUUGUCAUGGUUCCGUAACAACAGGAAGCACAUCAAAACGUUUCGGAAACAUCAACACAGGACGCAAGAAAAAAGGAGCUGCUAAGAAUCACGCAGGAAAAUCAGCUCAUACUGUUACCAGAUUGUAAAUCAGUGCAGCUUCCUCGCCGCGCAUUGACGGGAAUGAAGUAGAUUUUGUGAUGCAUAUUAUGUGGUAGAAGAUCGUUUUCGUGCACAGUAAAAUGUUGCGCCGUGAGGAAGGUUCCUUUUCGAAGUGCAUAAGUGAAGAGAAUCCAGCGAGCCCAACCCAUGUACAACCACAUCAAAUGGGAAGAGAGCUACAAGUAUUUUUCUGAUACUAGCACAGUGCUACUUGAUGCAGUUUUUUCAUUCAGUUUUCGCAUGGUAUUGCUGGUAAAGGUGAUUCCUACUGUCUCAUCCCGCAUGGCAAUCAUCUUAAUCCAUAAUGGGGGAGAGUGUAGGUGUACCAGUAAAGGAGCUUUGCAAAACAAAAUAUUUUUCAGGCAGAACCAGACGUACCUGAGAAAUUGCUGCGAAUACCCACUAGUCCUGCGGAAAUCCAUGGGUGGCGUCGGCAUGGAAACACUACAGCAACCAGCAAGCGUAGGAGAAGGAACGGGCAAACUGGAGAAGUACGGCGAGAAGAGCGCGGAUCUGAAGUAUGUGCUCAAGGAAGGUAUGUUGAAUAACGUAAAGUACUACUAAAGGUGUCGUUUCAACAAGCAGGGCAAAAACAAAAUCGUUUUCGGUAGCUUUGUUUGCAUGACAAAACUUUGCGACAAAUAUCUGCACAGGUAAGAAGAUUGGAGAGAGCUAUUACCUAGUGGAAAUGGCAACCGACGGGCGAACACUUACAAUCUCAGCGUACGACGGAGACACGCAGAAAACGCUCGAAUUGCUGGUACAACUGCAGCUCUGUAGCCCUUUUCGGAUGCGCAGCUCUGCACGAGAAGAUGUGAUGCACCGAUGUAGAAUAUUAGCAAUUAACUACUAACCUACCACGCUAUUAUCCAAAUUCUUGCAGGUGAACGAGAAGAACCACCGACGGUUGUACCGCGAGUGCAAUGGGGAUUACAGCCUGCUCGCAAACCGCUUGCACGUGGAACGCGACCGACUCAUCCUGGUCGACAACAUGGCCACCAAGGGCAUGGGAGGCGGGGCGGUAUACAAUUCUCCUUUUGGUUUUUGCAUAAGCAGGGCAGAUGUAGAGCAAGAUGCCAGUGUGGUCUUACUUCAAACGAGCAAUGCAUGGUGACAGAUGUGCAUUUUUUGGAGUAAUUGUUAUCCGUGACAGUGAGUAUCUGACGAGCAAUGCACGGGACUACAUAAGCUAUGAAUUCCGUAUUAAAACUCCAGGGAAAGCAGCUGAAUGCGGAUGAGAUGGUGACCAAGACCGGUAAGCACGUGGACAUCACGGUGGGCAAGGAUGGCGCUCCGGGGGUCAAUGUGAAAGGGUUGGCGUAGAAGAACUGCCGCGGCGGGGAUAUCAAAGGGAAAAAUCCCCCCUCCGCAUAUCGAAACGAAGUUUCUGAUGCUGGAUUUGCGUACACAAAUCAGGUCUGUCUUGCUGGAGAGAACUGCAGGCAUAUGCCAACCCUGGGCCGAGAGGUUUUGACGUAGGGGACUAGCGUGACAGAUGCCGGCUCUGUAAGCCCAACAGCAUCACAAACCGCCGGCAUAAUGCGGCGGACUCUCUGGCUUUGCCUUCUUGCAAGACAGCCAGGAUUUGUGACCUCCAAUCUGAAACCAAGGAGGAUGACAAAAGACGGAAAGAGACACCCGGAUCCGCAAAAGCACACCCGGAAUAUCUAUGGGAAAAAACAAAACAUGACAGGUGCAGCAAGACAAGGAGGGGCUGCGGAACAUUGAAAAUUCAUAAUACAACAGGUCCGUCCCCGAAAAAGUGACUACGACACUGCUUCGAUGUUGUUCUUAAACAAUGAAAUGAUGCGAACAAGUAGCUUCUUCUAGAAAUUUGUAUGCCGGAUGAGUAAGAAAAUUAUCGGUCGCGACCCAAGCCUUGGAGAAAAUCGCGUAAGUACCCCUAUAGUGAAGACGUUGGGCAAAAGCUUCGCUGUCAGGGGAGUGGUGUGGCACGUACAAGCUCAACCCAGAAGCAGAUCAGCGGAACUGUGGAGGGGUACAAAGCGGCACACUGAGUAGCGGGGUUAAACAGGACUAGAAUCCCAAAACUCUCAUUCAUCAUCAUCAUCAUCAUCCAAUCUGCAUCACAAAUUUUCAGACGAAUGCGUUUUCAAUAUGGGGAGGGGGGAUUUUUCCUCACAAUAAGGGAGUGGGUGAGCUUUGUGGAGGGGAACAGCUCACGAUCAGAGAUCCUUAUGGAUAAAUCCAAAGAACGAACAAAUUAGAACGCGAGACCAAGAAAUCCAAUCUUCGCUCAAAAGUUGCUCUCUUAGACCUUAUCAAUAUUAUGCUCAAUAGACAAGAUGCUUAACGUUGACAUUAUUAUACUCAAAUUAGAACUUUGCUGGAAGAAUCUUUACGCGACGCAUAAAAAGAGGCUGUGUGGCUGCUCCUUUUCCACCGAAAAACCUCUGCGAAGCGCUGAAUUUUACGCUUGAAUGCAGGCCGCUGGUACUGCACUCGUCAUCGUGGCGGUUCGUAAUUUAACUUGCCUAUCAGUUGAACUUGUCACGUGAGGUGACGUAGUUGCCGCUUUAUGUGUCAACAACUUUGCGGAGGAUGAAAUUAGACACGACGUGUUGGAUCAUUGCUAUAAUUACACCUCCUUUCGAGCUUGAAAUACUUGACACAACUGUUGCGUGAAAUAGACAAAUUUCACGCUGGCUGUCCUCACGCCGCACGUUGGUACAGAAAAUUGCUUUGUACAGAAUUGAAAUUGACAAAAAUAACGAUAAGGUGCAAGCUGAAGAAGUUGCUUGCAACUGCGAGAAG